CACCAUUUUAGUGUCUCAUUGCUAGUGCGUGUGUGUGUGUAAGUGCCCCUCGGCGUUGUGUUGGUGUGAAAAUGCUGAAGCAGGAGGGAUAGCAACGUGCUCGUGGUAAAAACAGCUCGAAUUAGAAGAAGAAGCAGCGACGCCAGCAGCGGAAGUGGGCAACGCAGAAUAAGAAAUAGGAAAAAUUUGCCGAGAAGAAACAACAAAAAAAAUUGCCUAGUAGAGCGACUGCCUUGAAAAAAUUGGAUAGGAAGAGAAAGAGUUUGGACGAGAGGACAGCGCAAGAAAGGCAACUGCGACCCGAGGUAACCCCACAUCCAGCCACACAGAAACCCACGAAACAGACUUCCAAGAUGGAGCUGCGCGUGGGCAACAAAUACCGCCUGGGUCGCAAGAUCGGCUCUGGAUCAUUCGGCGAUAUAUACUUGGGCACCACGAUCAACACUGGUGAGGAGGUGGCCAUCAAGCUGGAGUGCAUCCGCACCAAGCAUCCCCAGCUGCACAUCGAGUCCAAGUUCUACAAAACGAUGCAGGGCGGUAUAGGUAUACCGCGUAUAAUCUGGUGCGGCAGCGAGGGCGACUACAAUGUGAUGGUGAUGGAGCUACUGGGUCCCUCGCUGGAGGACCUCUUCAACUUUUGCUCGCGCCGCUUCUCACUGAAGACGGUUUUGCUGCUGGCGGACCAGAUGAUCUCCCGCAUCGACUACAUCCACUCGCGGGACUUUAUCCAUCGCGACAUCAAGCCGGACAACUUCUUGAUGGGUCUCGGCAAGAAGGGCAAUCUGGUGUACAUCAUCGACUUUGGCCUGGCCAAAAAGUUCAGAGAUGCUCGCUCGCUGAAGCACAUCCCGUAUCGGGAAAACAAGAACCUCACGGGCACCGCCCGUUAUGCCUCCAUCAACACACAUUUGGGAAUCGAGCAGUCCCGUCGAGAUGACCUGGAAUCUUUGGGUUAUGUCCUCAUGUACUUCAAUUUGGGCGCCCUGCCCUGGCAGGGACUAAAAGCAGCCAACAAGAGGCAAAAAUACGAGAGAAUCUCGGAGAAGAAGCUGUCCACCUCGAUUGUGGUGCUGUGCAAGGGCUUCCCCAGCGAGUUUGUGAACUAUCUAAACUUCUGUCGCCAGAUGCAUUUCGACCAGCGCCCCGACUACUGCCACCUGCGCAAGCUCUUCCGGAACCUGUUCCACCGUCUGGGCUUCACUUAUGACUACGUGUUUGACUGGAACCUGCUGAAGUUUGGCGGUCCGAGGAAUCCGCAGGCCAUUCAGCAGGCGCAGGACGGAGCGGACGGACAGGCGGGCCAUGAUGCGGUUGCCGCAGCAGCGGCGGUGGCUGCAGCAGCUGCUGCGUCCUCGCACCAGCAACAGCAGCAGCACAAGGUCAACGCUGCUCUGGGCGGCGGAGGCGGCAAUGCAGCGCAACAACAGCUGCAGGGCGGCCAAUCUCUGGCGAUGCUGGGAGGAAACGGAGGCGGCAACGGCAGCCAGCUGAUCGGCGGCAACGGACUCAACAUGGACGACUCCAUGGCGGCCACCAACUCCUCGAGGCCGCCCUACGACACGCCGGAGCGUCGCCCGUCGAUACGGAUGCGUCAGGGAGGCGGGGGAGGCGGCGGCGGUGUGGGCGUGGGCAUGCAGAGCGGCGGCGGUGGCGUGGGGAACGCCAAAUAAUAUUUUAUCGUUUAGGUUGCGACGCUGGACACGACACAGUAGACAAACAGCAGAACUCAGCAAACACUAUACAUGUAGAAUAUAAAGUUAUAUAUACCUAAUAUAUAUAAUACUUGCUUUAUAUAUGCGGUAAAACAUGUUGAAAGUAUCCAAAACGGCAGGAUGACCAGGUCCCUGCCAGACACGGAGGACAAGAGCAGUGAGAAAAGAGUAGCAGAGCAGAGCGAAGCGCAGCGCUUUCUUCUUUUUUUUGUACAUUUUCGUUUGUUUUUGACAUUUUUGGUUUCUGCUCCCAGAUGUUAGAACGUUGGGCGCGCUUAUUAUUAAUUAACUAGCCUAUGAAUAAUUUAAUUUAUAAUUUAGUACAUAAACGAUUGCAACUUGGCUGCAAGAAACUGCAACACACCGCACUGUUCAAUUGAUUUGAGGUACCCAGAGAGCAGCCAACAGAUCGGUGGUUAAUUGAGGGUCAGGAAGGGAUUGGGGAGGAGCCAGGACACGCAGGCAUUUAUUCUGUUUUGCAUUUGACUAUUGCCCUCGGCCGGCUCAUUUUUUCGUUGUUAACUCAAAAUCCCAGCCCGAUUCAAGCAGAAUAUUGAACAUGUACACACAUAAUAACUCGAUUGUAAGUGUAAUAUUUGUGUAAAAGAAACAAAGGACACCCCGUUCCGCGAGUGUCCCUAACCCUAGACUAUAGGCACUAGCGAUAGCGAUACCAAUCCAUACAACCCAUAUGCAAGAGCAUAUACAAUCCACAUGUAACCUAAGUUGAAGCCGAUUUCGGGGCGCAAUUAAACGAUGAUAGUGACUUCGAUGAUCAAGUGCAGUAGAGGGGACGUUCUUUAGCUUUAAGCAACGCUCUGACAUGUAAGGCCCCUCCUAUGUUAUAUUAUGUAUCUUAUUGUAACGCCUACGAUACCCGUAUAUCUGUACUAUAUAUACACAUUCGUGGACUGCGCUUUCGCUAGAUGUGUUCAUAUAUAUUUUUCCGAUUUGUUAAACACUAACUGCGCGCAUUUCUCAAGCGGAGGGGAAAUCCCCGGCAAAAAUGAAGACGGGCGGUGGGGCAGCUCUUUUGUUUAUGCAACAAAAUCAUGUAACUAAGUUAGAGAGCGUAUAAAUAGCGUUAGAAGUACACAACAAAACAAUUCGCAUUAACGUUUCGAUUUAAAUACAAAGCCCCUUCAAAGUAAAAUUACAUAACGCUAGCUAAUAAAUCAUAGCUAUAAUAUGAAAUUUGUCUAUAAGUAAUACCAAACCAUAAAAAUAAAAACAAAACCACAAAAUGGAAAAAAAAACUUUAAUUUUAAAUGCGCCAAGAGAAAUUGGGUAAAAAUAUGAAUAUAUAAACAUACAAACUAUAUCUUAUGAGAACACGUAAAAAUGUAAAAUCCUCAGCAAUCGGCUGGCAGUCUAAAGUCUAACAAAUUAAACACAGAAUAGAUCACUGAAGCAGAGCCUCUUAAAACUUAAAUAAAAAUGCAUUACGUGAUAUUUCUUACAAAUUGUUUUUAUGUUUCUGAUCUUUGUUUGCUUUCGGUUCGGUAAUAUUUCCCCUUAUUUAUGGAACCCAAACACUAUCCAAAGCGCACGCCUUGCAAACCGACCAACUUUGUAAACACGACCAUAUAGCUCAGCCAGAAAUCGGGGAUCCUUCAAAGAUAACGCCCCACGCCUACUCCCAGAAACUAAUUAAUAACUUAAUAAGUGUACAUACGAAAUAUCCAAACUAUCCCUACAAGUAAAAAAAAUUAAAAUAUAUGUGUGAUUUUCCUCCUAGCAUACAAGUGUACUAAACCAUUAGCAUUUUAUUGAUAGAAUCGAAAUUAAAAAGCCCGACAGCUGAUUCAUAAUAAUUAUGAGCCACUAGAAAUGGAAAACUAAACGAUCUUGUGUGAAAAGUCCAUUCAGCAUAAGCGAAAAUAGAGAAACUAACAAAUUGACAAACAUAGUAAUUUCGAAAGUUUUGUAUAAUUAACUGUAUAUGUAUAUUGAGAAUAGAAUUUUGAACUAAAUAACUAAUUAAACUUGAAUCGCGAACAAGUCGAUUAUAUCAUGGCGAUAUGAAAAAACAUUUAAAAACCACCAACAGUGAUAUGGAAUACAAAAUAACCACAUACGAAAUCGAAGCGGUUCAUAAACAUUUAAAAAUACGUUAGGACGGAACUCGACGGAUGUAUCGAUAAGUGCACGCCACAUUUAUGUAAUUAGCAAGUAUUUCGAAUUAAAACAACCGAACAUGAAUAUGUAUGUCUGAACAGAAUAAAAGCAGCCACUAAAUAAGUCACACCACUCACAAUAACAAUUACGAACGAGGCAUUAAAAAGCUUAAACCAUAAUAACACAAA